AUGGGAAUGGGUACACGGGUUGACGUCAGCGGGCAAGCGAGGCGGGCCCGCGGCUGCCUUGGAAGUUUUUGGCAUAAUCGCUGGAACUGUAGCGGAAGGCCGACGCCGUCGGAUCCCAGGAGCUUCCGGCGGAGCACGGCGGCGGCCUUGUACAGCACGUGGCGCCAACUGCCCCUGCUGUGGCUGCCGAGGGCGGCGGCCUCCUGCUCGUUCAUCUCCAGAUCCGCCGCGAAGGUCGGCUUCCGGGAGAGGAUCCAGCCCCACCCCCGCUCCCACCACCCCCGGAUCGAGCUGCCGGCGGCUGCCGACAUCGACUUGGACCGCCGCAGCGCCGCCCAAGCGGAGGCGGACGAAGGCGGCUGGAUCUUGAGGUUGAGCGACGCGGAGGAAAGGCGCCUCCGGAUCCCGGCGCCGCCGCCGUCACCUGACUGGCCGUGGGAGACCGGGAGCGACUGCCUCCUGUCACCAAGCGCCUGGAAAACCGCGCUCAUGAUCGGACGAUCUAUCGAUCUCCCUUCAGAAAAUUACUGA